GUUCAGCGCUUCGGGCCUUAUGUACUUUUAGCCCCGGAGCAACGACUCGGAUUUAUUCCCAACCUGCAAACGCGUCUAAAUACUAUCCACUCCACCUUUGCAGCUACAUUUCCGUCCCGUCGCAUCACAUGCGCGGUACAAACGGCGACCCUCGGGGGCCGUAGAACUUACCAGUUCUAAUGAUCCUUGAGUCGUCGUCGUAAUGGAUCUCCUUCUAGAUACCUCGAGAGGGAAUAUUGUCUGUAACUCCGUCCAAGAAGUCCAGGACAAACUACAUCAUAGUCUCGCCUCGAAGCUAUCUGACACGCGAGCCGAACAUGCCUCAUUGACAUUCGAGCUCCGCCAUAAUACGAUAUUCCAUUUGAGCGCCGAUGCCGAGAGCAACUCAAACGAUGGCACCGUCAAUCCUGGGAACCCUGUGCAUCAAUAUGCCAUCGCGCGAUCCGUAAAUGUCCUCGAAACAGUACAGAAUCAACCUCCCGAUGACCCCGUCCUUCAGCGAACCGUCGCAAAGCAUAUAGUCGGCGCAAUAGGAGUAAUCGAUAGUAGUUCAUGGAUUGCCCGAGAGGUUUCCAGGAAUGCACAAGGCUGGACGUUUACAUACAUUUGUAAAGAUUCGUUGCUAGCAUGGAAUCGCGCGAAUGCAAAAAAUACCGAAAGACCUGUAAUUGGCAGCCAUAGCGGGCCGGGAAGCCUUGAUCCGACCAAUUCCUCCCGUCCCGCCUUCGAUUGUCGAGGAACUCUCUCCGUCGCCUUCUCCAAAUCCGCCAGAGGCGUCAUCGUCAAGUACAGCCACACACCUAUCCAUAAGACCGUUCAACAAUUAAUGGACCUUCUCGCACCUCCUCCACAGCCCGCACCCGUUAAUAAGAACAAUGGAAAUAGUCGGAGAACUUCUAAGGUCAGGCGACCUCCGCCGACGGAAGGUGAGGAGGGACCUCGUAGAAAGCGCCCAAAGAAGAAGCGAAAGGCGCCGGAAGCACCGAUGGGAGAGCCAGCGAUUGGGGAUGGUCAAAAUACUGCGACCAAUACCGAAUCGCAGAGUGUUGAGCCUCAGGGCACCAAUCCGAGCGAUCCCCGUAUGAUGCCGGUUUUGAACGUCCAUCCCGAGGAGGCCGAACGACGAAGACAAUUGGCACUAGAUCUCCUUAAUGCCAGAGGCAUUGACCCCACUACACUAUCUGCUGAACAAUUUAGUAUCUUUUCCAACCAGGCGCCGGAUCUUCAGGCUACUUCCCUGGAGAUGUUGGCGAGAUAUGGUGCGGAAAGAUUGAGAAUUGUUCAUCCGAGCGACGAGGGCCGCUCUUCAACAAAUUCGACUCCAGCCCAGGAGCAAUCCGCCAACGUAACUUCCGCAGGCGGUUCUGCGUCAGUACCCACCUCGGGAACAACCGAGACACCGACCAAGAAGAAGCGUACAAGAGGAAAGGCUUUGAAGAACCAAAAAAACGAAGUUCCUAUCGCUGAUGGUGCAGUCCUGCCGGUAGAACAGAGCGGUGAGGUUGGGACUACGAGUUCUACCCUAAAGCCAUCGGGAAGGAAGACGCGUGGUAGUUGCAAGACCUGCAAGGACAGAAAGGUCAAAUGUACGAAGCAGCACCCGACAUGCUCGGUCUGUAAAGAUGCUGGCUUAGAAUGCGUCUAUCUACUAGCAAAACCACGCCCAAAGUCGGAGAAGCCCGCUACUAAAGCAGCAGAAGUUGAGGAUUCUGAUGUACCCGGAGAAAUGGAGCAAUUCCAAGCGUUAAAUCAAGUACAACAAGAAACAGCAUUAGUGUCACCAGCUCCACGCUCUCCAAGCCCUCAAGUCCAAAUGCUAAUGCAGCACUCGGCACCAACUAUCGUUCCACCACCUCUAGAUCCUGACAAUGAGGAAUUUAUUCCGGAUCCUAACAUUUUGUCGGGCCCUACUGAGCAUAGUCACACCACAACAAACCCUCCGCCAUCUCAGUACUACCAAGAUAGUCACACUGGCCUCACAUUCCCGCAAAAUCCUCAAAUGUCAUCUGGACAUACCACUAUGCCAACCUUGACAUUCCCCGAAUCUCAAACGCGUGAGACUCGAUCUCCGACCUCACCUAAUAUGACAUUUUCAUCAACGGCUCAUCAUAAUGAACACCAGUCGGGGUUAGGCUAUACCCAACCAGUCGUGGCAACACAUCAGAAGAAGCCGAGCACAUCGACCUCCGGCCGUCGCAGUCUUCCAACAGCUAGUCAAAAUAGACCAACACCAGUACCAGCACCAGUUAUUCCGCAACAUGCAUCUAACUGGAAUGCCUCACACACGACAGUACACACUGCGUCGACAUCACCAACAUUGACUAAGCAGCAAGAACCCAAACGGUCGAGAUCGCGUAAAUCAGGAGUGGAGGCAAGCCAACAAGCACACGAUAGCUUAAAUCAAGUUAUGGCAAUACCACAAGCCGUAGUGCAACAACAAAGUCAGCCCUCAUCUGCAACAAGUUCACCAUAUCAGGCUGCGGCUCAGCCAAAGUCCCGACAAGGCCAUAGAUCACGAACAAAUACACCCGUCGCGUACACCUCACGCCCCCUGCCUCAGGCUCCGCAAGCCGCAGUCAAUCCGCCGUACAACACAACACCAUCAACCUCAAUUCCGAACUAUGACUCUUAUUCGCGUUAUGACAACUCGACCCAGGCCCAGGCCCAAUAUGAUGGCAUGAGUAAUGAGCAGAGCUCAUCUCGCAUCACAUACAAGCCUGGCGCGUAUCGACCAAACCCGGUCACCACAACGUCGACUUCGUACUCAUCAGCCCCAGCAUAUGACCAUGCUCGCACUACGACACCAUCAAACCCGCUUUUGCAGGCCUUCAGCCCGUCCGUCGGAUACAAUUCUCAUAGUGCUACCGGCACCCAAUGGCCAACUUCACAGACCAGAGGAAACCAGCAGAACGCCCAGGCACAUACAAAUACCGCACGUCCUACGGCGUCAACAACGACCUCAACGACCCAUAGUUAUGGAACCAGGGAAGCUGAGCCACAGGCUCAACGUCAAGCCCCAUCUUAUAAUCAGCCCCAAUCCCAGCCCCAGUCCUACGGUUCUUACUCUAGUACACAACAGGCAAACACCAAUCAGCAGCAAACGCAGCAGAAUUGGUACGGCUUCCAAAACCCCAAUACCAAUAACAACGGUAGCAACACAAACCAAAGCAGCUACCAUAGUACCCGAAGCGGUAAAUACAGCGGUACUGGAAGCUCUAGUCAGCCUGCGUAUAAUAAUCACGGAUCCAAUGUACCCAACUACUCGGGACACGGAUAUGGCUCCGGCGCGGACGAUCAGGCCUUGUACGACAUACUAAGGGCUAGUGGUCCUACGCAUUAAGAUGUGCAUAGUAGCACAUACUGUCCGCUGGGCACUAUACCGCCUACUAAGAAAUGUAGAACGCGGAAACAACAUGGAAGGAACGAAAAUGAUGGUAGAGAGGGGGUAAAUACACCCUACACGUGUACGAAUGAAACAGCACAUUCAGUUGGCUGGAUAGGAAUAAGGCUAUUAUGGAAUUGCUAUGGUGUUAGGUCACGAUACCAAAAGUAUCUUUAAGUGAGUUUUUGGUUGUGAAGUUUUUUCAGGUGUGUAGGUACAUAUGGCUAAAGAUUCCCAAUGAUACCAUUUUUGCUUUUAUUACAGAGCAUUAGGCUACUUGCAGGACAGGAGAGCAGAUUCGGCUCAGGCAUUAGCAAUGAGGCAAAAUAAUAAAUAUUCUGUACAUGUUCGACUUGGCAUAUCACUGUCUCAUUUGCA